GGUACUGUAAGCAAUGGGAUCAGGCGCAUCAGGGCUGGCGGCCGAGACGCCCGGCGGGGACCUGCGUCUGCCUGCUUCAGGCCUGAAGUUCUCUAUCAACCAGCUCCGAGCACUAAACAGUUAUGUAGACAAUCUUUGGGAAGAGGACCAGAAAGGUCGCAUUUCGACUGAGCUGGAAAGUGCAGUGGAGAGUUUGGUACAGAGGAUAGUUGACGGCGCAGGACAAAGAGAUCCAAGGUUUAGAUGUUGUCACCUCAUUGCACUACAUAGAGGGAAAAAGAUGCGCUCCCGUUCCUUAGAAUACCUGGUGACCCUAGACUCCCUUCCUCCUCUGAACUUGGGCGAUGACUGCCGCCUGCAAGACGGGCCUGUGGGCUACGGGCGCGUGCGACUCUCAGGGAGAGACGCUGAUAAGUGGGAGGAGUUCCUCACUCCGUCGGGGUACCUGUGCAGAGACAAAGUGGUAGAGCGUUGGGUGGAGCUGAUCGCUCGCUGCGCGCAGUCGCGCGGCGGCGGCGGCUCGCGCGUGCUGUGUGCGCGGGCCAGCCGGCAUGCUGUGCCGUACAGGCACUGCUACCUGCAGAGAGGAUCAUCACUGCUUAGCAGUACAGAUCGUCGGCUGGCCAUAGUGGAGGGCGCGGCGUGGGUCAUGGUGCGCGUGGGGGCGGGUGAGGCCGAGGCCAAGCUGAUGCUGGGCGCGCGAGUCGAGGGCUGCAGCGCUGCCGCCUACACCUGCAGGAUGCCGCUCACGCAUCCACUCGCGUUGCUGCAUUAUACUUGUGCUCAGGGGGGCUACUACGCAGUGGCAGUAGGUCCUCCAUCGUCCCUGGUCUGUGGAGACCGCUCCUCGACCUGGCAGCUGUGGCAUCCCUCGCUGGAGGCUGAGCUGGACGCGCACUGCUCAGAGCUGUCCACUGUCGCCAGGAUAGCUGGAGCACUCAAUGUGCUGGUGGAUAAGAUGAGAGAGGGGGUGUAUCAGGGCACCCUCCGCGUGCUGAGCCGCUACGCCGCUAGCUGCGCGCUGCGGCGGCGCCUGGACCGCUGCGCGCAGUACCCGCAGGCGGCGGCGCGCUGCUGUGUGGCCGCACACGCCUCGCAUCACUUACUGCUCGUGCUGGAUGCUUUAUACGGGGUGUGUGAGCGCGGCGGUGUGGCGGGCUACGUGUACCCCGUGGAGCGUGGCUCCGUGGUGAGGCGCGGGGCUCGCGACGCAGACUGGCUGUUCGAUGCCGCGUGUGUCAAGAGUUGUCUGAUGCAGAUGCAUCAUGUCACUGGUGAAGACAUCCCCCCGACUCCAUCAGAGACCCUGGAAACCGCUCUGUUCAGUCGCUGGGAGAGUCUGAACAGAGAGGCGAGGAUAUCAGCAGGCCCCACCCCGGUGUACUCCAGGCGCCAGCUCGCCUACUUAUGGAGGGUCGCCAGCGAACUGCUCAAGUGCAAGAGCUUGGUUAUGGUGGAGAAUCACAGCACCUUCCGCGCAAAUUUGAUCCAGGCCACAUCAUUGGACCAGGAGCCCGUGGAAGACUUGAUCCACAUCCUGGCAGUCAUGCUGGACCAGGCCCGGGACCUGUACCUUAACAACUUCCACAGCAGGACUGCGGCUGAGUUCAAUAGAGAACUGUCUGUUUAUAGGUCAAAGAAAUGGAAUAAGCUAAAGGACUAUUACGACGCAUCAUCCUCUUGCCUUAUCGAUGCCGUCAGACGAGACCCUGAACUCCGUCGCGAAGACCUGAAAGACCCCAUCACAGUCAUGAAGAAGAUCCUCAACUGGCUCUACAAAGGCUCGAAGGACGACAAGAAGUACCUAGGACCAGUCCUAAAGCCCUACCUAGAUAGCCUCUUCACCAGCUCCAUGGAGAACUCCUGGUUUCUGGAGGAUUUUGAGGCGAAGAAAGGCUUGCAGGAGUAUGAAGGGUUGAAAGAGUAUUGUAUGGGUGUCCAUGAUGGGAGCUUGGAGCCCUGCAUGGGAUUGUUGGAUGCUGCUAAGAAGUUCGCCUGGGCUAAAGCUAUGGUUGAUUUUGUGGAUCGUUUCCGGCAUAUUGAGUUCCGCCUAAUAUUUCCUACUGGGGAAGGCAUGGCGGUAUCGUACCCUAUCAAGCUGCCGUCUCGCCGCGAGCACAGCUCGGCCCGCACGCUGACGCUGAGCCGGCGCGACAAGGCCGAGGCCAAGCUGCGGCUGGCGCGGCGCUGCGUGCUGGGGGCCUUCGCGGCGGGCCUCGUGGGGGACAGGAGGCCAAAACAAAAACCGAUAUCACGUCACGAGAGCAGUGACGAGAUUUUAGCAAACGUAAAAACUGGUAACUACUGGAGGACAACCAAACCAGACAUCAUUCCAUCCUCAUCCGUCCAGGACAUCUCCAGGGACACUCUAGAUCUUCCGAAGGUCAGGAGGCGAUCACGAAGGCAUCGCCCAGCGACCUCAUACGGCUUUCCAGAAAUUUCCAUUACUGAUCAAGCUGAUACGAAGACCAUGAGGCGGAAAUACCACACGUUGAAGAGUUUGGUGUAUACUGAGCCGGUGGAGAAUAUCAGGGAGAUGAGGGAAAGGCCGAGGUCUGCUGGGUCUACUGUCAAGAACAAGGAGUCGCUCAGUAGACCGAGUAUUCUGGAGACAUUGGAUUUUAUUAACAGUGUGAAGAGCGCUUUGUGUGUUGAAGAGUCAGGAGCGUCUGACGCUGAAGACACAGCGUGGUCUCUGGAGGACGAGUGGCUAGUAGGUCAGUGCGCGCCGCUGAACCUGGUGUCGGCGCGGAGCGGGCUGCGCGGCCUGCACCUCGCGCUGGCCGAGCUCGUGUUGGCGCUGCUGCAGAGGGGACGGUUCACUAUUCUACAGGAACUAUGUUCGUUUUUGGGCGAUGCCAGUGAAGGAGCUCUGUUUGCUCUGCACCGACUCGCCAGAGCGGCUAGAUCAAGAAGUAGCGAGAGGGCUUCCAGUUCUUGGCGACUGCCCGAAGCUGAGGGUGCAGUGAUGGAGGCUCCUCAGAAGUACAAGGUGCGCUCCCCGGACUAUGUUUCCGGGGACGAGGCUCCACCUCCCCCCCCUCCACUGCCCAGAAACUCCAGUAUUGGAAGACAGGUUUCCCAACGUCACACGGACUACCACCCACCAAGCCGUCUCCAACUGGACUCUACCCCGCCACAUCAAAACCCCCUCCACACACACUACACAGGCAUCAUCAACCCAAUAUACGACAUUAAAAUGCCAAAAAACAAAUUCUCAGUGAAACGAUCCAAAUCUUUAGGCAGAAGUUUCAGUACUAAAAGUCUAGGUCUCGAAAUCACCAGGUACAAUAUAACUCUAGGUCAUAAAAGUGGGAAGAAGACCAAUGAUGUGGUGACGGCCAUUACUGGGAUGACAGGAGAGACUGGUUUGGAAGCCAAAGGACAUUUCUUCCAAAGAUCUACCGCUGAAGUCGUAGGGGACUCUUAUAGGCUUAGUAGGGUGACUAUAGAUUAGGUGUUUGAGGAACUGUCUUCGUUGUCUGGUACUGAAAAAUAAGUAUUAAAGAUUUAGAGCGUUAAUUACAGACGAUUAAAAAUGCUGCAGGUUAAAAAAAUUGCAAACUCGAUUAUACGAAUCGAGUUUUUCAUUUUCUUUGAUCUGUAUAUCUCAUUUUGCAUUAAAACUUUAUUUAUACUAGCUUCAUAUGGAGAGUCCACACAAGUACUUAAUUUUUUACUUAAAAAGAUUUUGAUUAGUAUUUAGAUGAGCUGUACACACACGCAUGU